AUGGCCUCAAUUAGCCUCGAGGAGCUCCACCUUUUUCACAAAAUUGAUAGAGAGAUAUUUUCGCGACUAGUUAUUAAAUUAGCCCGAGAUCCAACAGAAUCCUUGCUUGUCAUGGCUGCAUGGUUGUGGCUCGAAGAAAAGGGUUAUCCCAACAUUGUUGUAAAAAUGGUGGAGAUGCCUGAUGCUACUGUAAAUGCAUUGGCAAACGAAGCUGUUUUAUGUCUCAAGUGCCUAGAUCCCAGCACUCCUUCUGCGGCAGUAAGCGGUGGCAUUCCCAUCACUGCAAGGCUCAUGGAAAGGGACAUAUCUCUGCAACUGUUCAGGCAAAAUAGAUUCACUGCAACUACUGGGAUCAAGAAUUUUCUUAACACUAUUUGUUGCCAAAUUUUUACAGAUAUUUUGCAACAAGUUAUGGCUGGCACUUCACAAUCAACUUCGAACCAACCUUUUGAUCUCCCUGGUUCUCCACACCCAAUAUUUGGUCCCAUCACUAUAGUACCAACAGCUACACAGUUUGAUUUUCCUACAGGAGAAUUAUGGGGUUGGCAAGCAACUGAUUGUGCUUCGGAGGAUGAUAGGACAAUCUUUUUGACAUUUUCUCGGGGUUUUCCAGUGUUGGAAGAGGAAGUGAGGGAGCUUUUUACAAAAAAAUAUGGAGAUUGUGUGGAGAGUGUGCAUAUGGGGAAUGCACCUUCCAAUAAUUCACAGCCCUUGUAUGCUAAGAUGGUUUUGCGUUCUGUUGAGAAUGUUGAUCGAAUUUUGAGUGGACUUCACAUUGCAAAAUUCCGGAUCAAUGGGAAACACAUAUGGGCUAGAAAGUAUGAACGUCGAGAAUAG